AUUUUUAUUGUGAAAAAUACCAUUUUUCAGAUGUUGACAAAUAACCGCAUUUGGAAGAAUCGUACAGUCGACAUUGGAGUUAUUACAGCUGAGGAAGCCCUAAACUAUGGUUUUAGUGGGGUGAUGCUCCGAGGCUCAGGAAUCCAGUGGGAUCUUCGGAAAUCUCAGCCAUAUGAUGUGUAUGAUCAGGUAGAAUUUGAUAUUCCUAUUGGAAGCAGAGGGGAUUGUUACGACAGGUACCUAUGUCGGGUAGAAGAAAUGCGUCAGUCUUUGCGUAUCAUUUUGCAAUGUCUGAACAAAAUGCCAGAAGGAGAAGUCAAAGUGGAUGAUGCCAAAGUUGCUCCACCUAAGAGGGCUGAAAUGAAAAGCUCUAUGGAAUCAUUAAUUCAUCAUUUCAAGCUGUAUACUGAAGGUUACCAGGUCCCUCCAGGUGCAACGUAUACUGCAGUAGAAGCUCCAAAGGGGGAAUUUGGUGUGUACUUGGUUUCUGAUGGAAGUAGUAGACCAUACAGAUGUAAAAUAAAAGCACCCGGAUUUGCACACUUGGCUGGGCUUGAUAGAAUGGCUAAAGGACACAUGCUGGCAGAUGUAGUGGCAAUCAUAGGUACUCAGGACAUAGUGUUUGGAGAAGUGGACCGCUAGCCAUUAUGGAUAUUGAAUGUUCAAAGCUAUUGUGAAGUUCAAGUGAGAAUAACUUAAUUUCUGUGUGUCUCUCACUCCAAUCAAAGUUCAAUAAAUGUCUCAAUUAUGAAAAAAA